AUGUAUGUGUUGGUGAGCUAUGAUGAGUGACUCCCAGCGAUCGCUCUCUGUGCGCUUGAGCCGCCGGGGUGAAAGGAGCUAUCAUAACGCACAAUCUAAAGAUGAUGCCGAGGCUGGCUUCUUCUCUCCCACCAGACUUCAUACUGACUACACUUUGAAAAAACUGUGGAAGGCUGGCUUCCUCCGCUUGCUUCUUGUUGGAGGCAUUGUCUGGAUGCUCCUCAUUCUCGUUGCCCUCUUGUUUCAUGUUUGGUCUUGUCAAUCUUCUCUUUCUUUCUUCUCAGCUAUUUGCAACAAAGAAGGCAGACUCUAUGUCAUGCUAGACACUAUUGGAUUUGUUCCUAAACCCCAGCACCGAUGCCCCAUUCCUGUUCUCUAUGACCCUGAUAAGGUGCUCCUUCCCACUGGUAAAACCGCUGAUACCAUUGUCACAAAUCUUACCUACAUAACAGAGGAUGAAUCCUCUAAGUCUCAGUUUCCUCUAUUUGGCGGAAACAUUAGCUGGUCCCAACGGCAGGAAAGCUUUCAACUGAAACCUCAGAUGAAGGUCCAUUGCGGAUUUAUGCCACGUGGUGGGGCUGAAAUGUCAUCCCUCGAUAAAACAUACGUAAAGAAAUGCAGAUUUGUGGUUGCCACAGGGAUUUUCGAUGCAUAUGAUGAACCCCACCAGCCAUCAAACAUAAGCCAGCGUUCCAAGAAUCUCUUCUGUUUCCUUAUGGUCGUAGAUGAGGUCUCUCUUGAUUUCUUACAACAAAAUACUACUGUGAGGAAAGAUGUUCAAGGGGGCAAAUGGGUUGGCAUUUGGCGUGUUAUUCUACUGAAAACUCCUCCAUAUGAUGAACCUAGGCGGAACGGUAAAGUCCCCAAAAUCUUAACUCACAGGUUAUUCCCUGAAGCACAGUACAGCAUUUGGAUUGAUGGGAAAAUGGAGCUUAUUGUUGAUCCCUUGCUUAUAUUAGAAAGGUAUUUGUGGCGUGGGAAGCAUACUUUUGCUAUUGCUCAACACAAACACCACCGGAACAUAUAUGAGGAAGCUGAUGCGUGCAAGAGGAGAAAGCGAUACGCCCGACCUCUGGUUGAUCUUCAUAUGAAAAUAUAUCGAUACGAGGGUUUGGAGCCAUGGAGUAUAAAAAAGAGCACUGUUAGUGAUGUUCCAGAAGGAGCGGUGAUCAUAAGAGAGCACACUGCAAUGAACAAUCUAUUCAGCUGCCUGUGGUUCAAUGAGGUGCACCUGUUUACACCGAGGGACCAGCUAAGCUUUGGGUACGUAGUGGACAGACUAAAAGGAGCCUUCAAGGUGUUUAUGUUCCAGAACUGUGAGUACAACUCUCUCUUCGAACUGCACCCUCACAUCCGAGAGCAUUCCUCGAAGAUCGAGUGGGUCAAGAGUCUACAUGAACUCAAAGGUAAAGGAGAGAGUUUGAAAGAAAGUCGAGGUGGUUUUGGGCUCUGGACUCCUUAUCCUGGGGACCUUAAUUCCGUUGAGCUGCCAAAAGUAGUUAGAACUUCUAAAGCUGGUUGAGACAGAUACAUAAUACACUAGUUUUUUUUAAUUCUCGUUUGAUAGGCUCUCUAUGCGGUUGUAUUCAAUCCCGAUUUUUCUAAUUUGCCAAACAUACACACGCCUUUUGAA